CUCUAUUAUAAAAGGCGCUGUCAGGCUUUUUCAAUGACAUCACACCCAAGUGCAAGUUUCCAACAUGGCGUCCAGCCGGCUGCCGGAGAGGGAGGUCCAGGAGGAGCCGAGGCGCGCUGCGACCGCAAACCCUGACUUGUGCCUCCACAAAUAUUCCCUGCUCAUCAUUAUAGGACGGACCGCUCACCUCAGCCCUACGGGACACAUCAGCAGGGAGAUUGAACGAGGUAUUCGGUCAUGGGACAUUGACUUAAACUCCUGUAACCUAAUCCUCUAUCUCCAAGAAUUUCUCUCCCAUCACACGGCAUCUUUCAAGGGUGCAGGGCAGAAGUGUCUGCGCCACAGUACCAGAGUGUUGGACACUCAAGUGCUGAUCAGUCCAUCUCAGGAACAGGUUCAUUCAGAGGUGUUUGCUUUGCUAUCCAGGGAAUCGGCCCAUAAGCUGUUGAUCUUGGCUGGCCAGAGCGUGGAGGAAAGUGGAGAACUGCUGUUUCACAGAGGACAGUUCUCACCACACCAACUGAAACAAAUACUAACACAGCAGUUCACAGAUCAGGAGAACUUAGCCUCCUCCAAACUCAGUCUGACCCUCAGCUGUCCCAACAUCGGCCACUGGAGGAAGACUCUCGUGGGAAACCAGCAUCUGCAGAGUCCUUUCACGCUGCUCCUCAAUCCCCCAGAGGUGCUGCCUGCCAUGGAGGCCCUGGGGGAAUUCACCUCCCUCAUCUCUGGUACCCUUUCCCCUCCGUCUCCCUUCGACCUCCUGCCUCCUCCCACCACCGUGGGUUUUCUCAAGCUGUCCCGCCCCUGCUGUUACGUGUUCCCCGCCGGGCGCGGUGACUGUGCCUUUUUUGCCGUCAAUGGAUUUACAGUGCUGGUGGACGGCGGCUCCGACUCCCAGGCCUGUUUCUGGAAGCUGGUGCGCCACCUCGACCGAGUUGAUGCAGUUUUAUUGACGCACAUCGGGACAGAGAACCUCCCCGGGGUCAACGUCUUCCUGGAGAGGAAGGUAGCUGAGUUGGAGCUGAGCUCUGAUAGCAAAGAUGACUCAUCUAAGAGGCUCAUCUCCCCAGAGCUUGGAGUUGUGUUUUAUAACGCCCCCAGCAAGUUGCAAGUGGAGGAACAGCCUUGUGGGGACAAUGUACUGAAGAGCACACAUCAGGCAGCCCUAACCCUACAGCUGUUAAAAAAGUUAGACAUCAGACCACAGCCAAUGUUUCGACCACAAGGAGUUCCCAUUGAGCCGCUAACCCUGUUCCAGAAGAUGGGAGUGGGACAGUUGGAGUUAUACAUCCUCAACCCCGGCAAAAACAGCCAGGAGUACCAAACAUUCAUGCAAAACUGGCCUGAUGCAUUGUCACCAGCAUCCAAAUCCCAAACUCUCCCUCUAACCGCCCUGGCCUCAGUGUGUGCCCUGCUAGUGUGGCACCCAGCGUGUCCCCAGGAGAAGGUGGUCAGGGUGCUGUUCCCUGGUGUUACCCCACAAACAAAGCUGCUGCAGGGCUUGGAGAAGCUGAAGGGGCUGGCCUUCCUCCAAAAACCCACUGUGACCACUGGGGACCUGGAGAGACUGGGGGAGGACGUAAAGACCAAGAGGACAGAGAGCCAGGACAGUGGCAGGUCACAAGGAAAGGAGUCAACACCCAAACAUGGAAAAGAUCGGGGAGUUAAAGAAGAUGGAAAGGAGAUACUGGUAAGGGAAAAAGGAAAAGUAUUGAAUGGAGUCGCUACAAGAGAUGCUGAGAAGACCAGAAUCAAAGAGACAGGUGUAAAGCAAAAAGGAGCAUCGUCAGAGAAGAAUACCUCAAAGAAGGGAGGAGGAAAGGAUGGGAAAAAAGAGGAGAAGCCUGGAAAUAAAGAGAACAGUGUUAUGAGGAACGAUCAGGGGAAAAAGGAUGUUCUCCUUUCCAAAUCAAAGAAUGAAAAUAAAACUAAGCUCAAAAAGGAUGCAAAAAAUGAAACUAAAACAGGGGUGAAGAAAACAAGAAAACCCCUAGGAAAGGAGGCACACAAUGGAAAGAAGGUAAAUGUAAACACUGAACUGUCAUUAAAACCCAACGCUGGGAGUGUGUUAGAAGUCCCAGAGUUAGAGCAGCAGAGUGGACCAGAGAAAGAGACUGAAGAGAACCCCUGUGGCUCCAAAAUGUCCACCCCUGAGGAUAUGACAGACGAUUUUCUCAGGCUCCGGGAGGAAACCGAAAGAGGAGAGGCGCAGGUGGUGAAAACAGCAAAUAAAGGAAAGCAGAAAAGCAGUGAGUCAAGAAAUGAAAAGAGCCUUGGAGGCAUUAGCAAAGAGAAGAGUAAAGAAGGUGAUGACACACUAGGGGAAGAAGCUGCAGGGCUAAUGAGAGGAAAGAGUGGUGAUAAUGGAGUGCAAGAUAAGGCUUGGAUUGCAGAGAAAGCUGGUGUAGACCUGCAGAAAGCGCCUAUAGACCAGCCUGGAAAUGCUGCCAAACCAGCAAAGGUUGUAGGAUUUCCGUCUCCCUUGACCAAUGCGCCAAAGAGCGAGCGUAACGAGCUAGACUUAACCCCGACUGAAUACACUCUCCUGGACGGAGCUUUGAGAAACAGCCCUCCCUCGCGAUCCUCUCCAGAGAACCAGGCCCAUGUCAGCCCCGACGAACAGACGGUAGAGCCUGCCUCCCCUGAUUCGCGGCCCAACAGUGCAGGCCACACGCCUUACUGUCUUUCCCCAGAUGACGUGUGGUGCAACAGGGUCACUCUCAGCAGGUUACAGGCCCAGAUGGGUAACUUUGAGUCCGCGGAUGUCAACCAGCCAAAUGGAUCAUCCAAGCAAUGUGAGGGGCAGCCCAAAAGCACCACAGAGAGUCACGCAAACCCCAGAGAGAGGCAACUAAGUUUCCUUUCUUUGGGUACACUUAAAGAGGGAUCCUCAGACGCCUCUCCUUCUCUCGCUACCACCACCACCACUACUACACACUCCAUGCCAGCAGAGGUGAGCUCACCUCAGUCCACAGAAGUAGAUGAAUCACUGUCUAUGUCCUUGGAGCAGGGACCAACCACUGUUAGCCAGAGAGAGGGGGAUGAAAAUGUUCAUAACUCCCACUCCAAUGGAAGUCAUUUUGCCGGAAUUUCUUUACCAAUGAAGAAGCCUACCAAAAAUUUAGGGCAGGGCUCAGAGAUGGGGCGGCCUGCAGCUCCAAACACACUUAAUUUUGAAGCGUCAGCUCAUGAUGUGGAUCUAUGUCUGGUUUCUCCCUGCGAGUUCAAGCAUCUGAAACAGCCCGACUCCAGCUCAGGUGCGAGUGAGCCCUCCCGAGGACCCUUCGCUCCACAUCAUCACGGCAACAACAACAACCCCAAGGACACGUCACCCAGCGAGUCAAACGCCCCCGUCUGCACAGAGGACUGCCCGUCCACCACAGCAGAUGGAGGUCUGGACUCAGAUGAGGAUGAGUCCUGUAGUGAGCCGUCUAACUCUCCCCAUGAUCUCCGCUCUAGUCAGGCUCUGCCCCCGGACCCUCUCCCAGCCCCUUUCAGGGACAGCCCGCCACUACCCCCACAUCCUGAUGCAUCCAUGCCCGUUCCUCAGUCGGACUCUGGCGCUCGCGGGAAUAAAGCAAAAGCCAAUGGCAUGCGAGGGAAAAAACCACCAGCGGUCACAGAGGGCUCCCAAAGACUAGGCUCAGGGAAAAGCAGGACAGGGAGCCAAAGUGGAGUCGCAAAGGGGAAUGUCUCUUCUACUCAUAUGCCUUCCUCCAGCGUCCGCUCAGCACCAGCAAAAUCCUCACCCAAUCCAGGUUCUAAGUCUACCUCUGUUGGUGAAGUCAGUGUUUACGUGGACCUGGCCUAUAUUCCCUCUGGAGCCUCCUCUCACACAGUCAGUGUGGACUUCUUCAGAUGCGUUCGCUCCUCCUGUUACAUCAUCAGCGGCGACAGUCCAGAGAAAGAAGAGCUAAUGAGGCAUACACUAGACGCACUACUGGAUGCCAAGUUAUCCUGGCCUGACACUAUGCAGGUGACAGUGAUCCCUACUUUUGAGUCGGUGCCGAUGCAGGAGUGGUACCAGCAGACCCUGGACAGACAGAAGGAGCUGGGCAUCACCGUGCUCGGAUCCAACAGCACUGUCGCCAUGCAGGACGAGACCUUUCCGGCCUGCAAGAUAGAGUUUUAAGGCCGACUUGGAGAUGCAGCGAUGGAAAAUGGAGGGUGAAUAUGAUCUUAUUAAGGAAGGAGAUGUGCGUGUGAGAGAAAAAAAGAGACAGGGUUGAAGGUACAAAAGAAAUAGAAAGUUAAAAACAGAGAUUUUGGGGAAAUAAAGAGAAUAUAAGGCCCCUUUCUGCACAGCUGACAUGGGACUUUCACCCAUUCCUCCUUCUGGUUAAUAACUUCUUUUUAGACCCAUGACCCUGUGGGAAACAGGAGUGGAAAUCACACUGGCUGCAAGAAAAGCAUAUCCAGCUGCAAUCAUGCGGAUCCACAUAAAAGCUUUAUUUGGUAGAUUAGUCGAUAUCUUUAGCAUACAUGGGGUUAAAGGCACUAUGUGCAGGCUUGUUUUCUUUAUGCAUUCAGCUCUGAAGUGUGCAGUAGUGUGUGCUAAAACAAAGGGCCCAUUUUGCUUCUUUUAUUGCAACAUUUACCAGUUGGCAUAACUACUCAAUAUACUCCCAAAUGGCAAGAGUGUGCAAAUGUGAAAUGAUGUCUGAUUAGCACACAAGAUGUCUGUAUUGUAAAAAGAGAGUCUUACAUUGUACCUUUCAUGAAAUUGCAUUCACAGUGAGCGGUCAGAUGUGUGUUGUGAGCAGUGUACGCAGAUAUGGGGUGAGCUGUGCUGUGUGUUGUACCUGCCUGCUUUUUAAAAGGAGUGUUGAACCACUGUGGCUUCACUGUUGACCUUCAGAUCUCUGCCGAGCAAAUGCAAUGUAUAAUGUAUAAGUAAUAAUCUGAGAUUAUUAAAUCUGAGUGUGCUCAAACAAAUCUGUUAACAAGGAUUACCAGAUUAAAUGUAAUAGCAUUAUAGCAAUCUCAUUAAGGAUGGUACUGUCAUUGUAAUCCAUUACAAGUUCUUAAAAUCAUGCUAACGAGGAAUCAGACAGCAACUGCUUUUUGUAGUAAUAGAUGUUCACUUGUUAAUUUACUAAAAAACAUGACAAGUGACGACAUGUGUUUUGAUUGUGGAUAUGAUGGAUAUGACCGUACAGUUUAUUGUAGACAAAUAUCUUGCGCAACAUAAAAUCAUGGUCUAGUCACAGUGAGUGUAAUAAAAGCUUUCCACAUUGUAAUUUGUAAAUACAAAUAUAUUUAAUUUAUAUUUGGAACAAAGUAAUCCUAAAUGUUAUGGGAAAUUACACUCCUGAAUUGCUGUAAAAAAAUUGACUACAUUACACAAUAACCCUAUUUUUCAUGGGUCCAUCAUUUCUUAAUUCGCUAUACAGUGUGCAACCCAUUUUACUGCAACAUUUUCAAUAAUAAAAAAAAUCCAAUAAUCUGGUUUGAAUGGAACAAUUUCCUUAAAGGAAGUUCUUCUUGAAAUAAACUACUGCUUACAACUAACUAUCUCAACUCCAUUUUCCCUGUAAGUAGCACCAAAUUACUUUUUCCGAGACUUCGCAGGAAAUUAUGAGGAUGUCACAGAUCUGUAAAAUAAAGCACACACAUGUAAUGUAAUGGAUUACAUUGUAAUCUCUCCAGACCUGUCUGUCCACUGUUUUCCUUUUUAUUUCCCUUUGUCCCAUGUCUGCAUGUCCAAGAACAGUUGUCAUGUUCUGGUUAGUCUCGCUUUGCCACGAAUCACAAUGUUCUCAAUUCACAUAAAUGUGGCAAACAGAGUUUCCUCAACACCAAAGCAUGAGAUCACAUGGACACCACCGACCAUUUCCCGCUCCGCCUGAUUGCUGCCUCCAAAUUCAGAAAAAUAAAUCGAUUCAGUAUCUCUGAAUUAUCUGGUAUAAAGUUUGUAAUUUGACAAAUGCAUGGUUGAACUUUUAUCAUGGGCUUGUACUGUCCAUGAAAUUUGUUUUGAUUUUGUGCAAUCAGAUUUCUUUUUAUCCCACUUUUUCUGCAAAAUGGCUGCCAGAUGAAAUUAUGUAUUGGCAUCGGAGGGUUGAAGUAAAUCUGUAAUCAUGGGCAACAAUUACUUGAACCCCACAGUAGCAAAGUGAAUAGUAACUACAAUGUGUAUGUGUCCCGCAUGUAUAAAAUACUGUAUGUUGUUUCAUUCAUGAUAUUCAUGAGGACAGAGAGCACUGUGGAAGAGCGGCAUGGUGGAAUGAACAUUAAAAACCUUUCGCUUUUUAAUUGUCUGUAACAAUGUCAAAAUGUGUGGGUUGUUGGGCCGGGACUAAUGUAUGAAUAAAGAAUGUGCAUCACCAUUCAAAA